AUUAUGUCGUUGUAGAUGAUGAAAAUGACCAUGAUGUUAACACAGAUGAUGAGACAAAAGAGGAUUCUGAAACAGAGAAUUCUGUGAAUACUGACAAUUCUGGUGGUGCAUUAAGGACACAAUCAAAUUUUGAAAACGACAAUGAAAACUGUCAGCAACUAUUAAAGUUGGCACACGGAUUUGAAGGUGCAGAAGUCAAGCACGACCCACUAGUUUCACAAGUGAGCCAGCCAGCAAACUUAAAAAGAUACAUGUCUGAGUCUACAGAACAGUUUUGCUCAUCCAACAAAAGAGGACGAACAUCUCCUCCAAGACAGGAUAAUAUAUCUUCUCCAAGACAGGAUAAUAUAUCUCCUUCAAGACAGCAAAAUACGGGGAGAAGAAUAUUUGAACACUUCUAUUAUGAAUACCACCGAGACCAACUCAGAAUAUUUCAGUGGUGUUUCCAGAGUUUAAAAGAACUUAUUGAAGAAACGAACAGGCAGAUUGCCCACCUGAAUGGAAUUUUUUCAGCAAUACAAGAGUUUUGGGAGCUAGCACCAGCGCAACAACAUGACAAUGGAGAACCAUCAUCACCAGUGGCAAGGCGGGCUGCCCAUACCCAGGAGAAUCCUCCAGAAAUAUCACUUCAGUCAGCAUCAAGCUGUCAGGCGCAGGAGGUUCGACACAGACAGAGUCCAGCACUUCCUAGAACUUCUGUUAUACAUUUAUGUCGGCCAUAUCUUAAGCAGGAGGAGAGUUCAUAUCCUGGUCUCUGUGGAGGUGCUGAAAGUUCUAACAAUGUCUUUUCAUUCUCCCAGUCUUCUGUAGCAGUACCUGUAGUAGUUCCUCCACUGGGAGACUCUUGUGUGGCCAUUAACCCUGAUAGAGUGAAUUACUCAGACAUUCUUGGAAAUGAGGGCAUGAUCCCAGAUACUACCUCGCUAUCUACCUGCAUCCUUCCCCAUUUUGGUAUGCCAGGAACAGCAGAACCCAGCUCGGGAAAUAACUCUGAGACAAGGAAUUACCCACCUGUAACGGGAAAUGACAAUAGCCAGUGUCCUUUGUCUUCAACUGCCAGCACCUCGUCUGAUUCUAACGCUAACAAAAUUGUACUGAUAGAACCACCGGAAAAAGCAGAAGCCAACCUGAAAGACAGUAAGGGGACAAUGUACUACGCAGGUUUACCAGGAAGUUUCACUGACCGGGCACGUGACUCAUCCUCUGCCACCAACUCUUCCAAUUUUGAUGAAAACUUUAUACUGGUAGAAGUGCCAGCAAAUACAGAAAACAAAGCAAAAAGUAGUCCUGAGAUAAUGAGUUACCCAUCUUCACUGGAAAAUUACAGAGACCAAAGUCUUUCAUCUUCAUUUCUGAGCGUUUGUCCCAAUUGUGGAAUGUUGAACAAAGAAGAAAGUAACCUUGAACAGAGCCCUCAGCCAAUGAACAACUUACGUUUAGUGGAGUAUAGUAAUGAUAAUCUGUCUUCCUGUUCAUCGUGGAAUAGUCCUCCCAGUAUUGAAUCUGACUCAGCAGUGAAACCCGAGUCAACGACUGGUGAAAAUUUAAUGGAAAAUAUCACUGAUCCAGAUGGUAGUACAGGACCUUCCUCCACCAGUUCCAAUUUUGAAAUAUUGGUAGAAACAGAAACUAAUAUGGAAAGCAACCCCGGCACAAUGAAUCACCCAAACGUACUGAGAUAUUGUGCUUGUCAACGUCCUCCUUCAUCAUCUGUUUCUCAUCCUAGUUUUGGAUAUUUUGGAAAUCCAUACAGAUAUAUACAGAUACCAAAUUCAGUAAUGGAUACAGCGAAAUCCCAGUGUCACCCACAGCAGGCAGCCAAAUACCUCCUUCACCACCUGUUCACAGAAGAUGUCCUGAUCAGAAGUAACGUCUAUGGCAGUUCAGAUGAAGGCCUGUGUGCCCUUGACUCCAAUAGGAUUAGUGCCCUCCGAGAGUUUCUCCAAGACAACUAUCCUGUUCAUGAUCUAACAGAAAGUGGAUGCGACUGGAAGUUGUGUGUGAUCGCCAUUGACGACUAUCUGUGUAGCUUCAGAUCUGACCUCAAGAAGACUACGAUCGAAUUACUAAAGCAGCUUUCAACAAAGAAUCCUUGAACACGACCAGAGCCAGAAACAGGCAACAGCGAUGAAACUGACUCAAGCUUUUAAACAUCAGUCAUCCCAGUUUCUUAAAAAUGUUAGAUGGGCUGUAUGCCUCUUAGUUAUAAUUCCAAAAUAAACCUGAAGAAUAGCCAAACCUCUUUUUCUGCCUGCAAAGGGAGACAGAAUUGAGGUCGGAAGACAUGUAAUGGUUCUGUCUCUAGAUGAAGUAAUGGGCAGUAUUCUCCUGUGAACCUCUAGUUGAGAGAAUACUAGCAAACUCCUAACAAUCGUUAUUGUUGCUGUUUGAAUGUAGAGAGCUAACAAAUUUAGCACUUACUGACAGGUGAAAUCUGAGUGUCAGUGAAGCACAGGUAGACAAGUAGAGAGCUGUGGUUGAAAGCACAAACCACAAUGCCAAGCAUACUAACUUGCGUGAAGCAGGCACUCACUAUUUGUCUACUGAAUUGAAACAACAGAGCUUAGAUGUAAACUGUGCUGAUUUAGAAGGAGGUGUGAUUUACACAUGUCCAAAAUACUCACUGUGGCUUUCUUUAUACAUUCUUCAGAAUCUUAGGAUUGAUAUAACAUUUGUUUGACCUAAGCCUUUCAGACAUAGACUUAUGUUUUCUUUACUCCUGAUAAGAACAAUAUUCUUUCAAUUACUUCAUGAUAACAUUUUAUCAUAGAUGUUUUCUCAGGGUAAACACAUAAAAUUAUAUCAGGAGAUGUUUUGGUACCUUUAAAAUAGUUUACGUUUAAAGACUAUGUCACUGUGAAUAAUAAGAAUCUGACCAAAUUCAUACACUAACCUUAUUCUUGGUUUCCAAACUGUCUGGGUAAAGGUUUAAUAUUUUCUGUAUUAUUCAGAUAGAUUUUACUAGUCAAAAUGCAUACAAAUUUAAAUCUCACAAUAUUUAAGUGAAAGAAAAUAUUGGUCAGAAAUUUAAUGAAAUGAAAGUAGUCUUGAAGGAUAGUGGCAGAAUAAUUGGAGAGUUUUCAAAAAUCAAUUUUGUUCAUGAAUAGGAUUUUAUUGUUCACCUAAGCCCCUGAUUUUAAAGAAAAUUAUUGAAUGUUUUAUCCUUAGGAAAUAAGUAUAAUUUCAUCAUUUGAUUGUUUGUAUUUAGACAACAUUUUGUAAGCUAUAAUACCAUCUUUCAGCGUUUAACCUAUCAAAUAGUCCUCAUUCAUUUAAUGCAAAUUUUAGUUAUUAAGAAAGUUUUUCCCUUGUAAGAAUUACUAUGGUCAUUUGCUUGUGAUCUAUAGCUUUGUCUUAGAUAAUUGACCUUAACUAACUUCAAUUUUGGGAUAAGGUAGAGAGGAAACCUCAACAGAAACUAAUGUCGCCAGUCAGUUACUACAAUUUGUGUGAGAAUUGACAAGUCUUGUUAUUCUUGUGAGAUGCUUUUGUACAACCACUUUAUUGAAUGCAUAUUUUUAUGAAACAUCUUUUGAAAAUGAAGUUCAACUUUUAGAAUAUUUUAGUAAAAUUCAGUAUAACUUUAUAAAGAUUAGAUAUAAAAGAUUUGUUUUGGGGACCUGAGAGUGUACCUCGGUGGUAGAGCAUAUGUUUAGCAUGCUUGAGGCCUUGGGUUCAAUCCCAGGACCCAAAAAAGAAAUUUAUUUUUUAUUUGUUGAUGUGGAG